GAGCGAGGCGUCCUCUCAGCCAUUGUUGUCGAUCGCCGAGCUGCCGAGCGCCCUUCACUGGGUGUCACGUGACCCCGCCUCACCUUCCUCCAGCCGGUGUUGAUGCCCUGUCCGUUACCCGCGCUCCCUGUGUGAGCUAUUGCCGUGUGUUACCCGCGGUCACAGCCAGGCUAGCGGGCUGCUUUAGCACCCUGCAGCCUCCCAGCACCCGCAGCCAACCAGCGAGACCGACUGGCGCGCCGGUGACGUCACUAAACUUUUGUCCAAUAGUAUCGCGAGUUGGGCUGAGUUGCUGUUUUUGAAUUGCUAUCCCCGGGAUCGCUCCUGCAGGCAUGUCGAAGCGCAGACUGGGAGAAGACCGGCGGCGGCGGGACAGGCACAGCGAGGAUUUUGAUAGGAAUCCUCGUUCUGAUUUGAACUCUCCCUUUCAAUCAAGUUUUAAUAUAGUGGAUUCUCUAGACCGAAAUGAAAAGAUUUUUCAAAAGAAGAUGAAAGAGAUUUUUGAAAAGUACAACAAGCCAUUUAAAGAAGACAUUCUUUUAACUUUAGAAGAUCUGUCUUGUAUUGAUGAAAACGGGACAUGGAAUGUCAAUUCUAAAUAUGGACAAAAGAAUACCAUUCCCCAAAGAGAUGUACAGAAUAAGGUACAGAAGCUUAAAGAGAAUAACAACCUGAGUAUUGUGGGAACAGUUGUCCAUGGCGAUAGUGGAUGCUAUAUGGAUACUACUGUUAACAUCCCAUUGAAAUAUUCUAAGGUGCUGAAUACCAACUGCAAUGAAACCUAUAUCCUAUCUGAUGACGAGAAUGAUAAGUCUAUUGAACUUCAUUCUGAAGAAGAAACUAAUGGUCCAUUGGAUGUAAAAAAGAGUCUUAUACCAUUAGUGCAUCUUUCGGACACAAGAUGUGGCAAAAUGUAUAUUGCAGAUACUGAUAUGCUUCUUGAUUUGGAUGAAAGUGUGUCAUCUUCAAAGAUUAUUAUAAAACGCAAAGAAGGCAGAAGUUUUUCAGUGAAAUAUUCUCCAAUCAAGAUUAGAAGGGAUUCAAAUGUCGACGGCAGUAGAAGAGAGAUUUGUCAGAAAUAUAUUGAAAACGACUACUGCAGGAGCCUUGAUAAGUCUACAUUAGAAGAGUCUUUUUUCAUGCAAGUAAAAAAGUUUAUUGGCAGGCACAAUAAUGCCAGUAUGUUAAAUGGUACUCUUUCAGUUCAGGAGAAGAAUGGAUGUGAAACAAUAGAUGAAUUUGCAGAUGAUGAUGCACUGAACUCCUCUGACUUGGGCAAUGUAAGUCUUGCUGACUAUUACCCAAAUAUGAUUGAGUGUCUCAGCAGACUAAUGGACUUCCCAAGGAAAGAAAUGGCUGCUGCAAAUAUAAUUCGAUAUUAUAGACAUCAUUUUUGGUUUGCUAAUAAACACAAACUGGAUAUCACAAAGGCAAAAAGAACAAUGUUUAGAGCCAGGAAUUUAAAGCUGACGAUUGGAUCAAAUCCUAAAGAUACUCCAUACACUAGUUACGCCAAAACUAGUAGUAUAGGCCCCAUGGUCAUGGAUGACUUCAAUAAAUCUGGUAUCAUAGAAUACAGGAAACAGAAUGUUUCCACUAGAUAUCCAGAUGGAACAAAAAUUCUUGACCUUUCAAAAUCACAUGUGAAGAGUCCGGUUGUGUUAGAAACAUUUAUUUUUAAUAAUGAUAAAACUUCCAAAUUUGGUGAAAAUAGAUAUACUGUCCCUGAAAAUGUGAAGCAAAGAAAUGAAUUGUGUACAGGUUUAUCACAUCCAUCCUCUUUAUUGGUAAGGAACUGCAUGGUAGAAAAGUCUCCUUCAAAAUUGAUCCCUGAAGCCUGGGUGAAAAUGAAUCAUCAAAUGAAAGUGGCUUCAAAGUCAAGUGUUCUGUUUUCUCCAGACAAAUGCAGACUUCUUAAGCAGCCCCAUCAAGUUCAAUGUACUCUUAAAAGAAGACACUCCUUUUCCACUCUUCCUAGUCAGCAGGUAUCAGUUGGAAUGCCUCUAAAUGAGUCAACUGCUUUUGAAACUUUGUACAAGAAGCUGGUUAUGCAAGAUUCCUACCCCAAGUUUUUACCCACACAUGCUAGACACCACCUAUCAGAGACUGUAAAUGCACUCAUUAAUUCGCCUGGGUCAAUUAGAGGUAAACGAUUAGCAAAUGAAGAUUUCUCGGUAUCAAACUUUAAGAGGUUUCGCAUGUCUGGAUCUUUUGAACCCAUUGUUACAAACUCACAAUACCACUUUAGUCGGAAUUGGAAUAGCAAGCCCAGCUUUUCUCCCCAGAUGAAGAAUGGAUCAGACCUAGGGGAGUAUCAAGACUCCACAAGGCUAAAUAAGAAUCUGGGUGUUCGUUCUUUUUCGCCAAGGAUUAUGCAGUCUCGCAGUUCACCUUUAUCUGAACUGUACAGAGGAAGCUCAAAAAGUUUGAAGAUGAGCAGUCCGUCUAAAUCAGUGAAUGGUAUCCGCAAAAGUGUCCACAGAAAGCUGAAUUACACAUAUGAUUGCGGCUCUACUGCUGGGGAUGACACUGUUUUUUUCUAGUUUAGCGUAUUGCUGAAAUUUUAUUUUAUUUGAAGUAGGACGGCACUUAUUAUAUAUUUUUUAAAAAAAUGUUUUACAGACCAUACUUCACAUAUU